GCGGAGCCCCGUGCCCGGCGGGGGCUCGGCGGGUGCCGGCCGCGGGGGGGACCGCGAUGCGCGGUGGGGGUCUCAUCCUGCUCGGCCUCAUCGCGCUGUGCGGGCGGCGCGGUGCGCGGGGCGCAGGACCCCCGGAGGGGCAGCGUGGAGCCGGGCAGCCCCAGGGGACUCACAUCAGCCAGGACCUGGUGGGACGCAGUCUGGUCAUCGACACACUGCUGGACAACGAGACUCGCAUUGUGGAGGACAACCACAGCUACUACGUGUCCCGCACCUAUGGGCCAGGGGCUGCACGCCGCCAGGGGCUGUGGGUGGACAUGGCAGCAGCUGAUAGCAGCCACGUGAAGGUCCACGGGAUCCUCUCCAACACCCACCGGCAGGCCUCGAGGAUCGUCCUCUCCUUCGAUUUCCCCUUCUACGGGCAUCUCCUGCGGCAGGUGACCAUAGCAACUGGAGGUUUCAUCUUCAUGGGGGACGUCAUCCACCGCAUGCUGACGGCCACGCAGUACAUCGCGCCGCUCAUGGCCAACUUCAACCCCAGCUACUCCCGCAACUCCACCGUGCAAUACCUGGAUAAUGGCACGGUCUUUGUGGUACAGUGGGACAAGGUCUACCUCCAAGGGAAGGAGGACGUGGGCAGCUUCACCUUCCAGGCUGCCCUGCACAGCAGCGGCAGGAUCGUCUUCGGGUACAAGGAGAUCCCGGUGCCCGUCCUGCAGAUCAGCGCUGCGCAGCACCCCGUCAAGGCCGGGCUGUCUGAUGCCUUCAUGGUCCUCAACCCAUCCCCCGAGGUGCCGGAGUCGCGCCGCCGGACCAUCUAUGAGUACCACCGUGUGGAGCUGGACACCAGCAAGAUCACCAACAUGUCUGCUGUGGAGUUCACCCCGCUGCCCACUUGUCUCCAGCACCGGAGCUGUGAGGUGUGUGUGAGCUCCACGCUGACCUUCAACUGCAGCUGGUGCCACGUCCUGCAGAGGUGCUCCAGUGGCUUCGACCGGCACCGCGAGGAGUGGCUGUCCUAUGGCUGCGCCCAGCAGCCCCACGGCGAUGCCUCCAGCCCCGCUGUGUCCCCCCAGGCAGCUGCCAAGAGCUGUGAGGACUUAGCAGAGGACGACCGCUACUCGCCGCCCCCCGACGGCUCCUCCUCGCCGCUGGAUGAGGACAUCACCACCCCCACGGCCUCGCUCUUCAUCGACAGCCUCACUACAGAAGACGACACGAAGCUCAACCAGCACGCAGGCAGUGAAGGUGUGGGAAGCGACCUUCCUUCCGAUGAAGUGGGUGCCCCGAUUCACACCGGGACGAUCGUGGGCAUCGUGCUGGCUGUGCUGCUCAUUGCAGCCAUCAUCCUCGCUGGGAUCUACAUCAACAGCCACCCCACCUCCAACGCCGCCCUGUUCUUCAUAGAGCGAAGGCCCCAUCGUUGGCCUGCCAUGAAAUUCCGCAAUCACCCCAACCGCGCCACGUACUCCGAGGUGGAGGCAGGCAGCCAUGAGAAGGAGGGCUUCGUGGAAGCAGAGCAGUGCUGAGCACUUCUCUCCCUGCACCUCUGACCUGCCACGUCUCAAGUGUUGGAGUCUCCUGUUACCCUAUUGCAAAAUCUUUCCCCUGGUGGAAAAGAAACAGCAAGUCGAGGAAAAAGACCCAACGGAGCAUUGAAGAGAAGGAGUCGGGGCUCUUUCCUCUCCCAACCAAGCACCAGCUUCUCUUCUCUGCUCUGGAAGAAAGGAAAACCUGUUUUGUUUUAAGAGCAAAACCCUUCCAAGGAUUCACCUUCAGAACGUUUGUGAGCCGUUGGCUCUGAGGCACUUUCUGCCAUCCAGUUAGUUUACUCAGUUACAAGCUGUGACUCUUACCCGAAAGGAACCAGAGGCUGAAGGGAAAAAUCACCAUCUUGGGUUCCUUCAAAACAUCUUCGUGGCCACACAUCAGCAGGAGCAGGGGAGGUUUUGCAGGCAGAGGAUGGGGACGGAGCUCGGCCAUGGUGACACCUGGAGGUCGAUCCACGCUCACUCAUGGGAGCUUCCCAUAAUAAGCAGUGAAGGCAAACGUGCCUCGAUAUCAGUGCAAAUCUGAACAACGCUUCGUUAACAGCCUCGGAUUUGCAGCCUGCUGAAGUCAGUGGAUUUCCUAUGGCUUCUUUUUGCUGUGUCAGUGAUGGGCCCUUGGUCUGCACCCACGCUGACACCGUGGGUCCAGAAUCCGACCCUCUCUGAGGGGCUCAGCUCUGCACCUCCAGGGCAGCUCUGCCCUCUGUGCCACCCGGCUCAUGACAAGCUGCAGCAAUGCUCAGCCUGCUUCCAUCAGUGCAGUCCUGGGUCCCAAACUGGGGAGAGGUGGCACGAAAAUGAGAGAGAAGGCCAAAGUCCAACGUCAGGUACAGUUUUCUUCCUCCUACCAAAAAAAAGAGCAUUGGUUAUAUGGCUUUUUUGGUUUUUUUUUCUCCUUAUCUUUUGAUCCUCUGUUAUUUAUUCUGAUAUCAUCUUUGAAACAUAUUUUAUCCACUGGCUGGUUCGGCUGUCACCGGUGGCGAUGGCUGCCAAAGGCAGGGUCUGUCUAAUUAAUGUUUUCCUUCUCAUCUGCUGAAUUUAUAUAGCCAUUAAAGAUAAAUAUGGAUGCUCUGUGGCAUUUAGACCCUAGAUUAUACUUCCUCAUACGUAGCCACGAGGGAGACUUUUGCUGCAUCUUAUUAUGGCAUAAAGGCACCAAAUGCUUUCACAGGGAAAGCCAGGCUGGGUCGUGCCGAGUUGUUACGACCCAGGCAGUCUCUCUUCAGAUGUAUUUUGAAGACAAACCUUAUUUCCAAACAAAGCUUUCGAUGGGAAGGUGGUUUGUUCCCCUGUUUCCCUGAAGUAGAAAGAAUUCAGAGGAACGCUGUCAUUUCGUUUUUGCCCCGGAUGGUUAUGAGCUGGUAAGGAAUUUUCCCUGGAUUUCCACCUCUUCAAAUAAUGGCCCUAUUGGUAGUGAUUUCCUUAGUAUGCACACACAAGGUUUGUAGGUAUUCCUCUUUAGGUCUUUUAUGCACAACAAGGUUUUUAGGUAUUCCUCUUCCCCCACAGCCCCUAAGAUGCUAGGUAACAGCCAACACAUCUGAAAUGCUGCACGUUUAAAAGAAAAGAGACUUUAAAUGGAGUGCGAUGGAGCUGUAUAAAUCACUGCAGCCAGAACCUUAAAAGGGUUCCAAAGAGGAUCAGAUACUCAGGUGGAGAAAAACAACAUCCGAGUGCCAUAGCACGGAAGUGACUGAGAUACGUGGAGCGCGCUGCAGGACUGAUGUCGAGUUCUGAGUGCCUGCAGUCAGAAAGGCUUCAUUUUUUUGUUGUUUCUUUUCUUUUCUUUCUUUUUUUUUUUUUUGUCCCCUCCUUAAAGCAAAGCAGCCAAACCAAAGCAGGCUGUGCUGCGUGCUGUCAGGUGUGUGCUAUCAGCUCGACCCGGGGCACAGCAGUGAGGCUCUGCCUGCAGCCAUGCCCUGUGCUGGGGUCCUGGCAGGCAGCGCACAGCUCAGCAGCUCAGCAGGCCGUGCUGUGCCACCCAUCCAACCUUCCAGGAGCUCUGGGUGCUCGGAGCUCACACCUGGGAAGCCCACGAGCCAGCAGGCACCAACCUGCAUUUCCUUUGCACAUGGCACAGAAGAGGUCGUCUGUUAAAACCCAGCUGUCACGUUGCUGUUGCCUAGAAGAAAGAGAGCGAUGUCUCUACCAGCACUGCUCUCCUGCUGGCCCUGUGUGUCCCAUCACCAGCCUGGGACAGGGGCUCAUCCUGCCCUCGGAUGCUGAAGAACACGAUGAGGACAACCAGGACAUGAAAAGCAAACCCAGAACCUUUCCAUCACGGCUUCUCUCAAGAACUGAAGGCCUACCUUCCACAUACUUGAAUUUACAGCACAGUCGGACUCUUUAGGGGGACUAAAGGCACUUUAACUGUCUUUCAAUGCAAUGUAUUUACUGUGGAUUAUCUGCAUGGAAUAUAGUCUUAAUAUUAAAAAAAAAAAAUCUUCCUUUUUGGACUGCUUUGUUUUCAAAUUAAGGAUUAUUAGUUAUGCUUAUGCAGGCUUGGAAGCACAGCCUGAAUUAUUCUCAUCCUGUGUGCUUUUAAAGGCCUCUGUAAGAACACAAAGACCUUUUCUAAAGGCAUUUGGGUUUCAGUAAUAACACAUCUUAUCAGGAGGUGUUCCCAGGACGUAUCAAGGAUAAAAGGGCUGUAAUUGAGGUUUGCACCAAGGCUGUAAUUUUCUUCUAAUUUUAUCUGCUCAACUUGUUGAGGAUUUUAGAAGCCUUUUCAGCUCAAACAAUGA